UGAGUUUUAUUUUAAGGAAGAGUAACGCGAGUUUAUAGUCAUAGAGCGAAGGAAGGACCUGUUUAAACCGCUCAAUUCCAGAAUUUGAGCCGUCAUAUUUUCGCACUCGAUGAUUCAGCCUAUGCAUUUUCCGUACAGAUCCAGGGAACAAGUGACUCUGAAAUGGAUUGCAGGAAAACGUCCUGGUAUUCGACGACCUACGCGCUCGCACUGGUGUUCCUGGGGACCAUAACCGGCCAUGGAUCCGCCCUCUCGAUCAGUCUGAUGGAAAUGGAAUGCGUAUCGGAGAAUGUUUUACACGACGGCGACACCGUUUCUGGGAAUUUCGUAGUGAUGGACCAUGACAUCUUCUGGAGCUCUGACCAUCCUGGAAUUGAAUUCACUGCCACAUCUCCCAAUGGUCAUUUGCUGUAUGCUUUGAAGGGCACGUCGGGGGACAAGUUCGAGUUUAAAGCCCGAGAAAGUGGAAUAUACAACUUCUGUUUCAAGAAUCCCUCUUCAACCCCCGAGACUGUAUCCUUCUACAUUCACGUUGGCCACAUCCCUAACGAGUCCGAUCUCGCCAAACAUGAGCAUUUAGACCCUGUUCAGGUGAAGAUUGCCGAGUUGAGAGAGGCGUUGGAGUCUAUCAUAGCAGAGCAAAGGUAUUUGAAAGCACGUGAGGCUAGGCAUCGACACACAAAUGAAAGCACCAGAAGGCGUGUUGUGUUCUACACAAUUACGGAGUAUGUUUUAUUUGCUUCAACGAGCACCCUGCAAGUGAUAUACAUUCGUCGCCUUUUCAGCAAGUCGUAUGCUUACCACCGUGUAUAGCCUUCUCUUCAUUAUCAAUGAUACUUCGCGUUCUGCCUUUUUGCACUCUCGCGCUCUUUCUUUUACUUUUUAAAUAUGAUGUCGCAUUGAACUUUUGGGUCAAGUAUUUUGACCCACGGAAAUGUAGCAUGGUUACAGUAGAACCGAUUGUAAUUCAAUCAUAUUCCCAUCCCUUCUAAUUUACAUUUUUCAUAUUUAAUUCAAGAGGAAUGUGGAUGUAUAUGCAUGUAUUCUUAUAUUUUACACAUGAAUUAAUGCAUUUGAUGCU